CCGCCCGCCAUGUCCAGCUCCUCCUCGCAGACCCCUCCUCACCACCAGCCCCCGCCGAGAAUGCGCCGCGGCGCUACCGCGUCCCCCACCAGCGGCAGCGCCGGAGCCCCAGUCGGUAGUAACGGGGCCGGUGCGGUUGGCGGGGGAGGAGGAGGAAGCGGCGGCGGCGGCGGCGCCCCCGGUGGCAGCGCGGGGACUAGCCGGCUCCUCCAGCCCAUCCGCGCUACCGUCCCUUUCCAGCUCCUGAGGGGCAACCAGCACAGCCCGACUCGCUCGCCCGCCGCCUCAGCCUCGGUCGGCAGCAACACGGGCCCAGGAGGGGCCCGAGGAGGGGGCGGCAACGGCGGCAGCCCGCCCCCGCCUAGCUUCACCCCGCCUCUGGCCCUGGGGGCCGCCGCCGCCUCCUCCUCUCCGGGAGCAGCAGGCGGUGCGACGGAGCCCGGGCGGGGGAAGGUGAGGCAGAGACACUCGCCCGACAGCAGCUGCAGCAGCAGUAACGGCAGGCGGAGGAGCACCUCACCUGAGAGAAGGAGCCCCACUUCGCCCAUUUAUCGAGUGGACCGGCCCAAAGCCCAGCAGAUUAGAACCUCUAGCACCAUAAGACGAACUUCUUCUUUGGAUACAAUAACAGGACCUUACCUCACAGGACAGUGGCCUCGAGAUCCCCACAUACAUUAUCCUUCAUGCAUGAAGGAUAAAUCUACUCAGACACCUAGCUGUUGGGCAGAAGAGAUAUUAGAAAAGAGAUCUCAUCAGCGUUCAGCUUCAUGGGGGAGCGCUGAUCAACUAAAAGAAAUUGCCAAACUGAGGCAGCAGCUCCAGCGCAGUAAGCAGAGUAGUCGUCACAAUAAAGAAAAAGAACGUCAGUCACCUCUCCAUGGCAACCAUAUAGCAAUCAAUCAGACUCAGGCUUCUAUAUCAAGAUCAGUCCCUAUGCCGCUGUCAAAUGUUUCAGUGCCAAAAUCGACUGUUUCACGUGUGCCGUGCAAUGUAGAAGGAAUAAGUCCUGAAUUAGAAAAAGUGUUCAUCAGAGAGAACAGUGGAAAGGAAGAAGUGUCCAAGCCUUUGGAUAUUCCUGAUGGUCGAAGAGCACCCCUACCUGCUCACUAUCGUAGUAGCAGCACACGCAGCAUCGAUACGCAGACACCUUCUGUCCAAGAGCGCAGUAGCAGCUGCAGCAGCCAUUCCCCAUGUAUCUCUCCCUUUUGUCCUCCUGAAUCUCAGGAUGGGAGUCCUUGCUCCACUGAAGACAUGCUGUAUGACCGUGACAAAGACAGUGGGAGUAGCUCACCAUUGCCCAAGUAUGCUUCGUCUCCUAAACCCAACAACAGCUACAUGUUCAAACGAGAGCCCCCAGAGGGAUGUGAGCGAGUGAAAGUCUUUGAGGAAAUGUCGACUCGUCAGCCUGUCUCAGCCCCUUUGUUUUCAUGCCCUGACAAAAACAAGGUUAAUUUCAUCCCGACCGGAUCAGCUUUCUGUCCUGUAAAACUGCUGGGUCCUUUACUACCUGCUUCUGACCUGACACUGAAGAGCUCUCCAAACUCUGGUCAAAGCACAUCUCUGAGUACUCUGACUGUUGAGCAGCUUUCCUCCCGGGUCUCUUUCUCCUCUCUGUCAGACGACACCAGCACAACGGACUCUGCCGAGGUCUUAGUACCACAGCAGCCACCCCAGCAGCCGCCACAGCUUUUGCAGGAACUGCAGUCCGAAGAACACUCCUCUUCUCAAAACUAUGUGAUAAUCUAG